UACUAGAAUGAAUUUCAGGUGAAACGGUUAGAUUACCGCACGACACAUAAAUUUUGCACUUCGUAAACGGGCCAUAAGAUGGAGGCAGAAAACGAGGCCCAAAAGGAAGAUAUUUUUGCCGGUUCGGUUUGCGAGGGACGGCUCCUCCAAACAUCGCUUGGUUUUGAGACCAGGAAGAAACGGAGGAGAGGCCUCGGCUAAUCGGCUUAUAGCCAGCCGCAGCCGAGCGAACAGCUUUGCUCGGAAUCGCCAUGGCUAUGGGGCUCCCCGGCCUCCGCUGCUGCCGCGGCCUCGACGCCGCGGCCGCGCGCCCUCUUCUCGGCCCCGCCCGCGCCCGCGCCUCCCCGCGCGCCUCCGCUCUCCGCUACUCCUCCCUCCAAGCUGGGGACAGCCUCGGGGAGGAGGUCCUGCGGAUGUUCCUCGCGGAGAGGCAGGCGCACGGCGACUUCGUCACCAAGAUCUCCGACAUGGUCUGGAGGAGGAACGGCGGCGACCUCGGCGUGCUAGAGGCGGCGGCGGAACAAGAAAAUUCAGCGGAUGUCGCACCACCGCAACCUGAAGAAGCUGAUGUCAUGGGCGAGGGAAUGUUGAGGAUUGCGGCGACGAGAGAUUGGGUCUCCGGUGAGAGCAGCCUUCCUGUCAGCAAGAGGCUUUCUGCCAAGGAUCGGCAGGAUGAGAGGGAAAGAAGGAAGGAACUCAACCUUCUAAGAUAUGAAGCACUUAAGGAUGAACUAUUGCUCCUGACCACAGGAAUUGGAGCUGCGUGCAGUUUAUACUGUCUCCUAGUCUUUUCUCUGGAGGCUGCUGUCAGUUAUGCUUUUGGAGUUGCUUUCAGUUGCUUGUAUCUUCAACUUCUCUAUCGGCACACAGAUAAUUUGUCAAAGAAAGAUGUUCCAGAAAUUUUUAUGAAGAAGAAAGUGAAAAGAAUCGGCAUAAGAAGCGAGGAUUUGAAGAAUACAAUAGAGAAGGUGUUGGGUGGUAUUUCAGUAGCUCUUUCGUCUCCAAGGCUUGUGAUACCCGCUAUAUUUUUUGGAUUGUCAACCUUGUCAGAUCACUUUCAAAAUAGCAUUUUAAAUUUUGAGCUUGUUCCAGGAAUGAUGGGUUUCUUUGCAUACAAGGCUGCCGCUUUGGUACAAGUCUACAGGGACAAUGAGGACCUUAGAUUGAUACUGCCUGAAGAAGAUGCUGACAGCAGUUGAUGUAUCAGUAGUGAAGACUUAUGUUAAUCCAGUUCCUUUAUAAAUCAAGAUAAGAAUGAUGUAUAGAUCAUAUCUCAGCUUUGAAUUGAAUAAAGUUUCUGUUAUUUUUCUUCAGCAAAACAAAACUAUCCUGAAUUUUGUCUGCUUUGUCUA